AUGGAUAAUUUUAUCAAUAAUUACGGCUCUGCUUUUCCUUUUGCUAUUCAACCAGUACCAGAACGAAUCACAACAAGUGAUUUAUCUAUUUCAAUUGAUAAAAAACGAAAUAAGAAAUUAAAUAAGAAUGUAUUUCCUAAAAUAUACAAAAUUUCAAUAUCAACUUUGGAUCAUUUAGAUAUAUUUAACGUCCUUUUUCAAAUUAAAUCAGAUAACAUAAUCUCUGCAUUCAGUUUACCUACUGAAAUCGAUACUUUAUAUAUUGAAGCUAAAGAUGACUUCAUCAUUCACAAAUUACUUGAUAAAUAUAGAAUCAAAUCUGAAGUUAUUUGUAUUAGUAACAUAGAAUUUGUCUCAGUCUUCUGCGAUUUUAAUAUUUACUCAAGAUUAUUACCAACGCAAAUUGUUAACAUCACAGAUCCAACAUGUAAAAAUGUAGGUCAAGUAAUAUCACUAAGUACCACACUUAAGAAAGCAAUCCUUAGAAUUUGGCCAAAAAUUGAUUAUAAUAACGCAAAAACUCCAUUUAGAAUGAAUAGAAGUAUAGAUCCCGAGCCAUUUGAUAGAGAAAGACUGGAAAAGGAACUUCAUUAUUCCCUGAAAACUGAGUUUAUUGAAGUUAAUUAUCAUGAUCAAUAUAGUAGAGAGACUGCAUACUUGUGGAACAAUUGCCAUUUUAUUGGUCCAUAUCAAAUAGUAGAAUUACCAAUAGAAUUUCUUAAAGUAUUCUAUAUUCCAUCGAAAUCUGAAAUUGAUCGAUUUCCAGAACGCGCUGAAUUCUCAUUUAACUCCUCGUUAAAGACAUCAAAAAUUGGAAGUAUCCUAGGACAUAAACCUCCAAAGGAUGAAUCCCCUAAAAUCGUUGAAUCUCCAAAAAUACCAAACUCAAUUUUUGUCGGAACUAAUCAGAACUAUGGCAAUUCGAAUGGUCCAAGCCAAAACAAUGAACUUGACUCUCUUGUAGCGCUAUUUGAAAAAAAUAAAAAUUUCAUGAACGAAUCAAAAAAUAGCUCUACUGGAAAUUCAACAAAUCCUUUUACUAAUUCAUCCAAUACAAAGAAUUCUUUUACUGAUACAUCUAGUGCAAAGAAUUCUUUUACUAGUUCAUCCAAUACAAGGAAUUCUUUUACUGAUACAUUUAGUGCAAAGAGUGAAAAGGAUGAAAAAGAUCAAAAACAAGUUAAUUUCUUAAAGAAGUUGAACGAGAUGAUUCCAAAUGAAGAUAUAGUAAUUGAUUUAACAAAUGAUGAAGAAGAUGAAGAAAUUGAAAAGAAUAGAAAAGCAGCUGAAGAAAGAAAAAGAAAAGAUGAAAGAAAGAGAAAGAAAGAAGAAGAAAAGAAAAGAGAGGAAGAAGAAAGAAAGAAACAACAAGAAGAAAAGAAUAAAAAUAUGUUAGUACAAAUACUUCGAUAUCAAGAAGACAAAAGAAAGAAGCAAGAAGAAGAGGAGAGAAAGAUUAUGGAAGAAAAGGAAAGGAAAAGGAAGGCAGAAGAAGAAAGAAAGAGAAAUGAAGAAAUAGAAAGAAAGAGAAAAGAAGAUGAAGAAAGAAAAAGAAAAGAAGAAUUAGAAAGAAAGAGAAAAGAAGAUGAAGAAAGGAAGAGGAAAGAAGAAUUAGAGAGAAAGAGAAAGGAAGAAUUGGAAAGAAAGAUAAAAGAAGAUGAGGAAAGAAAGAGAAGGGAAGAAUUAGAGAGAAAAAGAAAAGAAGACGAAGAAAGAAAGAGAAAAGAAGAAAUAGAAAGAAAGAGAAAAGAAGAUGAAGAAAGAAAGAGGAAAGAAGAAUUAGAGAGAAAGAGAAAGGAAGAAUUGGAAAGAAAGAUAAAAGAAGAUGAGGAAAGAAAGAGAAGGGAAGAAUUAGAGAGAAAAAGAAAAGAAGACGAAGAAAGAAAGAGAAAAGAAGAAAUAGAAAGAAAGAGAAAAGAAGAUGAAGAAAGAAAGAGGAAAGAAGAAUUAGAGAGAAAGAGAAAGGAAGAAUUGGAAAGAAAGAUAAAAGAAGAUGAGGAAAGAAAGAGAAGGGAAGAAUUAGAGAGAAAAAGAAAAGAAGACGAAGAAAGAAAGAGAAAAGAAGAAAUAGAAAGAAAGAGAAAAGAAGAUGAAGAAAGAAAGAAAUUGGAAGAAAAAGAAAAGAAGAGAAAGCAAGCAGAAGAUAAUCUUAAGAAACUCCAUGAUAGCUGCAUGAUAGAAAUAGAAAAUAAAAAGGAAGAAGCAAUUGCUGAAUUAAAAAGAAAAACAAAAGAAGCUGAAGAGAAUCUCGAAAAGAGAAAAAGAGAACUGGAAGAAAGAGAAAAGAGCAUUGCAGAUAAAGAGAAGAAAGUUAACGACAUGCAAAAGAUAACAGAAGAAAGAGAAAAGAAAAUAAUAGAGAAAGAAAAUCAAAUUGAAAAUAAAGAGAAGAAACUAAAUGAGAGAGAAUUUAAUUCACCAAAGACAUUUAAUGAUGAAAAUGAUUUGAGAAGUCUUCUAUUAUCAAAAAAAGAAAAGAAAGACAAAGAAAUCCAAGAUUGGCAAAGACAAAUAAAGCAAGAUGAAGAGAAGAAAAAAGAAAUGGAAGAGCAACAGAGAAGAAAACUUUGUAGAGAAUUAAAUCAAAACUUAUUUUAUCAACCCAAAAACGAUGACAAUCCCUUGAAACCUAAAAAACGUGACAAAAAAUGCGUUGACAACUUUCACAAUAAUCCAAGUGAAAAAUCAUCUUCUAAUAUCGUACGAGCUGAAUCAACUUCAGCAGUUAUUCCACCAAAUCCUAUUCCUCAUGUUCAACCAAGCCAUCCUUCAGUGCCUAUUCAUCAAAAUCAUCUUCCAGUUCCUUCUGUUGAUCAAAACCAUCCUCCUGUCACAGCAAAUCAAAAUCAUCCCAUUGAUUUCAGCCGUGGAGAUUAUGUUGAAGGAACAGUUGAGAAAAGGAAAUUAAUGUUCCAAGUUAUUGGUGUAGAUAAUAAUGGAAUUGCACAGUUAGUUUCAAUUAAACAGAAUUUAUACAUUCCUGCAAAUGAGCUAACAAAAAUGAGAACUAAACCAGUAAAGGCAAUUUCAGUUCCUAAUUCGGAUAAUGGAACAAGGAAACUUCAAAUUGAAAGAUCAUUUGAUUUCUCGCAGCCACUUCUUCCUCAGAAAUAUGAUUUCAUUACUUUGCUGGAGAAUCACAAAUUAUACUUUGUUAGAGGAAUUGAUAAAGAAUGGAUUCAUCUUUUAGGCAUGGAUAACAUAGAAAUAAAAAUUGGAAUAGGAACAAGUUAUAUAAUUAGGGAUCAUUCGCCAGAAACCAAAGAUAAAAAUGGAAAUAUUCUUAGAGAAAAUUCAAGAAUUCGAUCAAAUUACUCUCAAGAAGUUGGAGCUGUUAAAAAGAUUUAUGAGAAUUAUAUAAUUAUUAGGUAUCAAACAUGUUAUUAUGCGGCAAUCUCUAAUGAGUGCCUUGCUACCCCCGUAUAUCGCUAG